AAGAGAAGUUCCAAAAAUAAUAACUGCUUUGACCAACUCACCAACUCCUGAUCGCCCAGUGUUGUGAUGGCGCACAACCUUUUCAAUGAACGCGUCACAAUGAGACACCGUUUCGUCAUUCCGGAAUCAAGUUCUCAGAGUCCUGACUCCUGAAACCUUUUCACACCACAGGUGCACCAAGCAACUGGGCAGCGAAAAUGGUUCUCAUUGUUGCUCUUCUGGUCUUUUUUUGCUUUUUAACGGCUGUUCCUGCAGCUCUUGACCCAAAACUCACUGGAACCUGGGCGACAAAGUCGAGGAAGGUUGUCACCGGCCCUGCGUUUUACGAUCCCGCGGAAGAUAGAUUCCAGGAACCAGAAAACACAGGCAUCUCUUACUCUUUCACCGAAGAUGGAUACUUCGAAGAAGCGUAUUUCCGCGCCAUUCCUAACCCAACCAAGCCCUCAUGUGCCUCAGCGAUGAUGCAAUUUCAGCAUGGAAAGUACAGCGUGGAAUCCAACGGCUCACUCGUUUUGACUCCAUUCGCGGUCGACGGUCGUCAGCUAAUUUCGAGUCCGUGCAAGAGCGAGGGCUCGAUGUAUUUCCGAUUCAAUCAGACAGAGGUUUUCAAGCGAUACGAGGUGCUAACUGACCCCUUCCACAACGUCAAACGCCUCAAUCUUUACCAGUUUGACGGAACACCUAUGAACCCGAUGUUUCUGGUUUUCGAUCCGCCGCAAAUGCUUCCAACCGAAACCCUGAACCCAACAGCUCAAGCUAGUGCUACCGGUAGAAGUAAGGCUAAGCGGGGCCUGCCAUAUGGAAGCGGGAUGGCCAGUUCACGCAAUAAGCGUCCUUCUACGCAAGUGGGCGGACUCACAGACCCCGAUAAAUGGUGGUGGGCUGGUGUUAUGAUGACCCUCGUUGGAGGCGUCGCGUUUCUUUACUCCGAAAGCCCAUGGAAAGAUUGGUAAACGACAUCAUCCUGGAUUUCUCGAUACUUGGGCCUGCAUCUUGGUAUAGAUGGGCGUUUAGGGAAGCGGAAGGAGUUAUGGCAUGAUAUCCGGAAGGAAAUUUGGCUUGGGUGGACUGUCUGAUGUCCUGCGGUGUUUUGCGAAGCCAAUCUUGCUGGAAUAUAUCCUUCUAUUUUUCGAUUGUUUGGUGCUUCGAGACAAUUAAGGAAUCGAAUAUCUGAUUGAUGUGCUCCUUGUGUUUACCUUUAUCAUAUUGUGUUUCCCUGUGGCAAAAUAAGGAACAUGAUUUCGUACCUCGUCCGGGAGGCUUAUUCGAACGGAGUCGACGGUUUUUAGGAGAUGUGUCUUCGUUAAAUUUACAGUGUGCAUAUAGUACAUAACAGACGCCUGAGCGCGAUCUGUCAAUUGUGCUAUUCACGGGCUCCAUGUCGAUUGGUGUUGCUCCGUGCUCCAUGCCUUCGAUACUUCAGGCAACGCGCAAAAUCAUUCACCGGCCCGGAAUCUCCAACAAUAAAUCGCGCUAAUCCGGGCACUUUUUAUUCUAGUUAUUUAUGCCGUUGAAAUCGAUUGGGCGGCGAUUUUGGAUACCACUCCUUUCUCAGCUGGCUUUCCGUUCAACGGUCCACCUGGCGCAAAAGCGGCCUUCAUAAUAGCCCCGAUAUCGACCUUCUUUCCCUCACUCCGGAGAUUCUCGAUCGUUUGAGUGACUGCAGAUUCUAUCUCUUCUAUGGUCGUAGUCUGUACUUGUCCGGCGUAUUCGUUAAGUACACCGAUUUCUGUGUCGUUUCUCUCUUUCAAGUCGUGCCGGCCAGCGUUCACAUACUCCUGGCUGGAGGAUUCAAGAGAAGACGAGCGCUUGCGGAUCAAUGCGAGGAGUUGGAGGUCAGUCUGGAUCGGCGAGGAUGUUUUGGCAGCAUUGUUGAUCUCUGAGAUCAC